GGGAACUUCCGGCGAGAGCACACACUUCCGGCGGGAGCACGCUGGUGGUUAUGGAGGCUGAGCGGAGGUUGAGCCUGCGAAUUUGCGAGGGGGACUGCGCCGUGCUGAAGCGGGGUGACGUCUUCAAAGCCGUGCCCGUGCUGCGGAAGAGAAAAAUUAUUUUUGAGAAGCAGGGCUUCUAUCUGGAUAAUGCCAUUGGACAUGUGUACGGAACUACAUUUGAAGUAACAAGUGAUGGAAACCUGCAGCCAAAGAGACAGGUGGAAGAGACUACCACAGAAACAAAAGAAGCAGGUACAGAUAAUCGUAACAUAGUUGACGAUGGAAAGUCUCAAAAACUGACUCAUGAUGACAUAAAGGCUUUGAAGGACAAGGGUAUUAAAGGACAGGAAAUUGUUCAACAGUUAAUAGAGAACAGUACGACAUUCCGAGACAAAACAGAAUUUGCUCAAGAUAAAUACAUAAAGAAGAAGAAAAAAAAAUACGAGGCAGUUAUUACAAUUGUAAAACCGUCCACUCGCAUUCUUUCAACAAUGUAUUAUGCAAGGGAACCUGGCAAAAUCAUCCAUUUGCGUUAUGACACUCUAGCUCAGAUGCUUACUUUAGGAAAUGUCCGUGCUGGCAACAAGAUGGUCGUAAUGGAAACGUGUGCAGGCCUUGUGCUGGGGGCUGUGAUGGAGCGAAUGGGAGGCUAUGGAUCCAUUAUCCAGAUGUAUCCAGGAGGUGGGCCCGUUAGAGCUGCCACCAGUUGUUUUGGAUUUCCAAAACCUUUUUUCAAUAAUCUUCAUGAAUUUCCUCUCAGCAAAGUGGAUAGUCUUCUCUGUGGGACAUUGUCUAUGGAGACUCUGCCUUCAGAACCUGAAGACACUGCAUUAACAGAGGAAGAAAUGAAUGGACUGGUUGAUGAGAAGCAGACUUCUGUACAGGGAACAGAAGAGGAAUCUUCUGCUGAAACAGCUAUGGAGAUCAACCAAACAGAAGAGCAGGAAAGAAUGGAUGUUAACGCUGAGGAUGCAGAAUUUAAAGAGAAUAAAGAAAGAGAAAACAAAGAAAAUGUUCGAGAAAAGCAAAGAAAACAGUGGGAGAGAAGGAAAAAGCUAACAGAAACUGCUGCUUUGCUGAGAGAGAAGAACGCAGAUGGCUUACUUGUAGCCAGCAAGUUUCAUCCCACUCCUCUAUUACUGUCUUUACUGGAGUUUGUUGCUCCUUCACGGCCUUUUGUUGUCUACUGCCAAUAUAAAGAGCCCUUACUAGAAUGUUACACUAAGCUGAGAGAAAGAGGUGGUGUUGUUAACCUAAAGCUAUCUGAAACAUGGCUACGAAGCUACCAGGUCCUACCAGAUCGAAGCCAUCCAAAACUGACAAUGAGCGGAGGCGGAGGGUACCUUCUAUCUGGUAUAACUGUUGUGCUGGAUAAGGGCAAAUCUGAUUCCAGUAAUUUAGAAGCACUGAAGAUGGAAGAGCCGUCAUCUAAAAGAUGUAAAGUUCAAGACCUUUGUUGUUAACAGUGGGAGAAUUGAUUUGUUUUUCAGAUCUCAGGAGAUACGUGGUUAGUAAAAUAACAGGUACAGUUUCUGUGCUCUUGACAGCACAGAAAUAGUGUCUGUCAUACAUCAGUCAAUGAAAAGCAGAAUUAUGUGGUAGGGAGAACUGUCUCUCCAUACCAGUUUACAUGGUCAGAAUGAGAAGAUAAACUGGUAGAAGCAAACCUGUGUCAGGCAUCACGCUGAAAGCACACGAACCUCAAAGAAAUGACCUGAUGGUCAGGCUGAGAAGUUAACGUGGACAUGAGUGCUUUCACUGAUGCUUUGUCUUUUCUUGUUUGUUGCCAAAACUGGAUAUGAUUACGUAGUUUUUAAAACAUGAAUCUGAAUUAACACAAGUAAUUUUGCUUCUGAUUUUCCUAGAACAAAAUCAGGGUAAAACGUUCUGUGUAGUGAUCUGCUCCCUCUUUAGACACUGAGUCCUGCAGUGUUGAGCAAUCUAAGGAAGCAGCAUAAGCAGCAAAAAUUAUUCAUACAAAAAAGUAUUUUUCUUUCCAAAGGAGCAAUAAAAAGAGAACAUUAAUUCCAGAACUUUAUAUAAUGACUCAGUGUUUCCUGAAAUAAAUACAGGGGAAAGCAUAUGUUAGUAAAUUAAAUACCAAACACUGAACCAAUAUCUUUGUUAGUGUUACCUGUCAUUUUCCUGGUAGUUGUUCUGUGUUUAAGAUGUGACCAUUUUGAAAACUGCCAUGUGUAUAUAUAUAUUUAUUUUACAGUUUUAUUCUUUCAUAAUGUGUAGCUUUUUUUUUUUUUACCUUUGCAUUUGGCAUUCUAAUUAAACUGUGGGAUAUUUUUCCUAAUGAGAUUUAUUUUCUUAUUUCUCAAAAGAGGGAAAAUUACAGUCUAGUUAAGGUCUAGCAGAGGUUUUGUGGAAAGAAUACCUUUGGUGCUGAACCACUGGUUGGGAGCCCUAGGUGCAUGUGGGAACUCAGAGCCAGCAGGAUUGGGCUUCCUUUCUUCAACUUCAGCUUGACUGGAAUUUGGAGCUUUGGGGUCAAGUGAUUAGACUUCAUAAAGAUGUAAAAUUAUCCAUAUUAAUAAGAACGCUCUUUUAGGAGACUAUUAGCUCAAAAUAAAAAUGGGUUAUAUUUUGUGUAAAGCAGCUACAGUUUUCCUGAGUGAAUAAUUAGUGUACCUAUCUUCAACUUUUUUUUUCCCCUCUUUUCAUUAAAAAAGACAUUAUUAUUUAUAUAGAAAAAUUCAGAAGACUGUAGAUUCCAUCCUCUCUUUUAUAUCCUCACUGCUGUGCAUACAUAAUCUGUUGUACUUUGCCCUUUAAUACCUUUUAAUACAGUUUAAGUAUUUUAAAUCAUACAUAUGGAAUAGAAAUCUGAUGUAUGGCUUUUAAUAACUGUGAUAUUUUUUUUUUAAAUGCUUUUCUUAACUUUUUUUUCCAAGAAUUUUUAGGAGAGUAGGUUGGAAAAGUUCUCCUUUACAGCUGCAUGUGCAUGCUGAAGGUGAAUUGGGACUUUGAAGCCAACAUCUGCUGUGUGACGAAACUGUAAGCCAGUCUAUUUAAGGAUUGGAGCCUAAAAGCUAGUGAAAGGCAGGAAAACUAUGACAUGGCUGUAAGGCAGGAGGUAAAAAAAGCACCCCAAAAAAGGUUUAAAAACUGCUAGAGUUUUCUUACCUGUAAAGCAGCCAUAGGUAGUCCUCCCUCUGCCACCUGCACUGAGCUGGCGUGGGGGUCACAGAACCACAACAGUUGCACAAUAAGAGUUGGGGCUAAGCAGUACCUUAUGUUUUAAAUCCCACUUGUUAUCAUGUAUAACCUGACAAAUUAAUAACUUGAAGAAAAUUCUGUUGGAUAUUUUGUUUGUAUAAUUUAAAAAAAAAUAAUUUUGAGGAAAAAUAUUUAAAUAGCUGGAAAGCUAGUAUAGAUCAAAGACAAGCUGACUUCAUUUCACAUGCAUUACCAGUAUCAAAUAAUGUCCUGCACUUUCAAAGUGUGCUGUAAUGCUUGUAACACUGAAACAUAAUAAGAAACCAGGUAUCAAGCACUUCAUGUAAAAUAUUUCAAAUUAUUAAUUUCACACUGAUGAAACAUAUUCCUUAUAUUACUGUGGUACAGCCCAUCUUGAUGUAACCUUCCCAGUUCAGCUGAAACACAAUUAUCAUCCUAAAAACUAUAAUGGAAAGAGAAAGGUUGAAACGCAAGUAAUGAUUGACUGAAACUCUAGGAAGCCUUUUUAAAAGUAAUAAAGAAAAUUUGGAACAAAUCAGAAUGAGUGCAUCCUGUAAAGUCUUUAACAAAUUAGAAAAAAAACAUGAAAAGGAACAUUUCAAAGACAAAAGGAGAGGUAGAGAAAAAAUGAAGGUGACAGUUGAAUACCUGUAACUUAGAAACGUAACUGUUGCUAGAUUCAAGAGAUUCCAUUUCUGGAGGUGCAGAACAUAAACCACUCUAAAUGAGUUUUGUAGUGUGACUUGUAAAGAAUGAGGAAAGGUCAGGGAUACUAAACCAAAGAUGGCUUGCUUAAAGCAGCCCACUAAGUUCUGCAGAAGACAUCCUUUAGAUGAGGUAGAGAACUUGGCUUGCACAGACUGCCUGAUAGGGGCAACUUCCAUCACUGUCUUCUGUGCUCUACAAAUGUCCAUUGCUGAGGUGCCAGACUGUGUUCGCUGCUCUGUGCGUUAAGCAGAACCGUCCGUCUUGGCUGUGGUUACAUUCAGCUUAGCCAAACGGGGGCAGCUUGUUUUGGUGUCUGGAAAUCAGGGGAUUUUGUGUAUCUGCCUGCAUUUUUAUCUCAUAAAGUACUCACCUCAGCUGAACUCUGCACAAUGAAAGUGACAAAGGAGAACUAGGUGCUGUUUACACCUUUCAGCUUUUCUCUAACAGUUGGAAGUGUCCAGUCUCAAAAAGCAACUGAAGUUCUCAAGCCUCAGCUUCUAUAGUACAACAAGAAAAUCUGACAGGGUCAGGACCUGGUCUGGUAAAGGUAUCACUGCCACAAGACCAGGUAGCUGCUUUUACUUUUAUCUUCAAUCACAGGACUGCUUUCUCCGUGUAAAUUUGCUGAAAAUAUGAACAGAUUGAAAGUAGCAGUCACCAAGUUUUCCAUUGCUGUGUUUUACUGGAAGUACACAUCAAAAUUUACUAUUUCCCACGGGUACACACAGCAGGAGCUGGAAACACUCAGAAUCCAAAGCCACAUAAUUCUGCUUCAUUUGAUAAGGAACACAUUUCUGCAUCUUACUAACACUCAUUUAAAGGUCUAUCAUUCAGCCUCAAAGCCAAAAACAUACAACAGACCUUUUUGAAAAUGCAAAUUAAUGGUAUCAGAGGGCUGUUUAAAAAAGUAUUCUAGCAUUACUCAUCAAAGUCUUGAAGAGGCAGUGCAAAUGCGUAGGUAAAAAUGGAACAGGCAGAAGCAGCCUGAACAGCUGUUUGACUCUCAGUGCUUGCAGUGGUGUCAGCCCCACACUGUAAGUUUUUAAGCAAAACAUUGCUGAUUCAUGAAUGUAUGUUUGUAUAAGCUGAGCUUUUUUAAAAAAAUAAUCAUUUACAAGAAUUACACACUU